AUGCCUGGGAAGGUUAAUCCAGUAAUCCCAAUAGCAGUUUGUCAAGUUGCCUUUGCUAUUACUGGAAAUGAUGCUUCAAUUGCAAUGACAUGCCAGCAAGGAAUGCUUGAAAUCAACCAUUUCGAGAUGCUUGUAUGCGACCGCCUCAUUGAUAGUAUCCGCCUUCUCACCCGCGCAGCUGAAAUCUUCUCUCGCCGAUGCGUUGACGGAAUAGUUGCAAACAAAAAAGUCUCACACAAAAACUUACUUGCAUCUAGUGCACUAGCUACUGCCCUUGUACCCACUCUUGGAUAUGCGCAGGUUUCGGAUCUUGUUCGCACAGCCCUGGCGGAAGACCGACCAUUUAUAGAUUUGAUCAUUGAGAAAGAGCUACUCACUGAAAGUGAGAUAAAAGGGCUCAUGGAACGCUUGAUUGGUGGUGAUAACGCCCCAAACUAG